CAAACUCCGAAAGUCCAGCAUCAAAAGUCGAACAGAUCGCACAAUUGCAACAUCACUCAGGCCUCCCGCUAUUCAGACGAGCCUCAUAUAUCACUCGAAUACGGCGUGCGGGCUAAAGUAGAUGGCGACACACUUGGCGCUUUGCUGUACCUGGCACUGACGCCCUCCUAUCUCCGUUAGGCUGCCUUAACCCCUCUCCCCGUUUCACCUUCAAAGCAUCGACUCUCCUCCUCCCCCACCACGCAACCUUCAACCUCUCCUCGACAAAUCUGCAAGCAAUAGUAGGAGCACAAUCAAAGCGGCGCAAAAUAAAAGCACAAGGAACUCCUAAUACCCAUCCCAGUGGGGUAAACCAGCCAUGACGUCCUACUUCUCUUCGUUCAAAUCCUCCUCCGCAAUCUCCAACUUCAGCACCCGUUUCAAUUCUCUUCGCCGUGCCAUAUCCUCCGGGGACGAGACUGACGACCCGGACUCCGAAGACUGCUCUCACAUAUCCAAUGUCCUGCGAGCCUACUACACCGAAAAGGGCCGCAGGCUCCCUCCCUGGCUGCCCGCAGACCCCAAGUCCCCCGCCCCUCCAACCCCAACAGUCGCCGUCGCAACCCAAGCCUCCUUCCAGGGAUAUGGUGGAGCAGCGCCACCGGGAGGACCCGCGGCCGGCGGUCGCGGUGCUGGUGGCGGCCUAGGUGAUCUAUGGGGAGACCCGUCACCGGCCAGACCGCCGCCGCAACACCAAACCUCGAGUCUGCGACUAGGCCGCAACCCAUCACACCAACCCGCCCCAUCAUCCUCGACGCAUCUCAUGCCUUCACCUUCGAAUGCGCCCACCCGGCCAGCCACAUCGGCCUCCAGCUCACGUACCGCGGGCUCGUAUUUUGAUCGCCAGCAGUCGCGCACCCCUCCGCCUCCCACAGCCACAAGUGCCCGUCCGCUUCCCAGCCAGCGCGCGGGGUCCUACCAAACUUCCCAGGCUGCGGCCGCGCAGCAGCAGGGUAGACUGGGUACGGGAAUCGAAAGGUCUACGUCCGGUGUGUCGGCCCAGGAGCGGCUCCGGGCAAGGCUGCAUGGAGGUGCGGUGAGUUCAUCACCUACCCGCACGCCGAGCCCUGAGUAUGGUAGAAAUGAGCCGAGUGGUGGCGGUGGACAGCCUUACACGGGGUCAAGCCGGCCGUGGGAAUCUGGAGAUCGUCACGGUUCUUCGACUUACGGUAGUGGUGGGGGUGGAGGGGGUGGAGGAGGCAUUGGGAACGGGCUUCAGGGAAGACGGCUUGGGCAGCAUCGAGGACCUCGAUAAGGACACCUGUUCAGGUGUUGGGUUUUCAGUCCCUUCCGUCAGGAUUAUGUUUUUUAUUCCCCUUUCCUAUUGCUUAAUAUCCCUCCAGCUUCGGCGUUUAGUGGACAAUUUGCGUCUCUUUUUUACCCCUUUAUAUAGCAUUUGGUGACUUUUCGAUGUUAUGGCCCUGUGCUGUCCCGUUUUUCUUCCUCAGUUUGGUGCUGUGGCUCUAUGCGGGUUCUGGAUGGUUUUUUGCUGGCGUGAUGAUUCUUUGUGGUAUUUGCCCUCUCCGGUCUAUUUUCUGUACAUAAAUAGGGAUCCUGGAGUGGAUAUCGAACAUAACUUGUCCAAUAUUAUUGAGAUAAAAUCAAGGAGUACGAAGAUCUACAAUACCUUGUGUGGUAUUCAAAAUUGAAAAUGCGGGUAUGCUACGUGGAACACGGCUCAAAAACACGCACACGGUUAUAUAGGGAUAUGGAGAGAAAAAAAAAUGCGUUAAAAGUCAACAAUUCUAGCCAUUCCGUACGCCCGACCCAAAAAGAGCAAAAACAAGUUAUACAAAAAGAAAUUUCGUCACAUAAAAGACACCAGGGGUGACGAUGACAACGUAAAAAUGAAUAAACCAAGACAAAAAUUCGUAAAGGCACAUCCCAAUAUCAGCCCCGAACCUUCCGAUAACUAGGCGGGCUCCACGUCCUGCUUAUCAGUUUCACAGCCCAGACGGGUACGAGGGCAAUAGCCGCAACAACAAUAACCCGCCACACCCAUGCUAGAGUAACAACAUACUUCAAGUCGAAGUAAUCACCUAGGAAGGGCACGCUGGCCGCAUAAACGAUAGCCGUGCCAACAAUACACAGGAUCAUGACGGGAUGCCACGUGGUAAUCGAAACAGCCACCAUGACUAGCUCGUUCAGCACAAGCGCCGUGAAAGAAACACUGAUCAAUUUCGGCCCCGUCACCUCCCCGACAAGAAUCUGCGAGAGACCCUGGAUGAUUGAACCCUGGU